AUGCUUUCUUAUCGCACAACCCUGGAAUACUCCACAAAUGAGUCAACCAUGAGCACGCAUUUUCUUUCUAAGACAAUAUCAGUACCCUCAAUCCGAAAGCGAAAAGUCAACCUUGCUACAUCUCGGUCAACCCGAAAAAUAAAGCCACUUAUCACAUAUGAAUUUUGUAAUAAAAUCCGAAACCGCAAAUCACGUGAAGAUAUAUAGCUUACUAAGCAUUUUUUGUGCAAGAUUUAAGAAAAUUUAUAGAAUUAGGUUUUUUAUAUAAAAAAUUAUCAUAAAAUUGCUUAUAAGCUAUACAAGUUACCCCAGAAAUCGCCUUAGAAGUCAUCAGAAAAUAUUUACUGCCUAUGUUUGAAGCUGACUGUAGAAAUGUCGCUGCCAAAAGGCGUCCAUCUGUAUAUGGAGUUACCUCAAGCACAGAAAAAGGGGUGAAGCGGAAAAAACUACAUUGUAGUUUUUUACUCCUUUUUUUUUUUGAAGGGAAAUAACGGUUUUUUUAACAUAAAAUUUUUUUGAGAGGAAAAAACAGCAAUCAAAAACUACAAAAACUACUAUGAGAAAAAAAACCUAGGGUGUAAAAAACUACAUAGUGCAAAAUUUUGGUCAAACAGGAGGAAAAAAACUACUAGUGAAUGUUUUUGUCUUCCAGGGACAAUUAAUAUUAAAAGAAGAAAGAUGACAACAUUAUAUUGUAUAUAUAUUAUAUUCAUUGUUAUAUAUCAAAUCUGUUAAAGACACUCAUAAAUGAACACAGGAAUUAUACUACACUAUAAUAUUUAUAAUUUUUUUGCAAAAACAGUAUGAAAAAAAACUACUAACAAAAAUUAAUAAAAGUAUAAUAUUAAUAAUGAUUGAACAAGAGAGAAUUGACAAUAAUAAAGGCAUGAAUUGCUAUCAUAGCAAGCUAUCUAUUACCAUAAAUUCAAGAUCAACACCCUUAAAUUUAUAAUUAAAAAAUAGCUAACACAAAAAGCUACACAAAAUGGAGGAAAAAAACAGCAACUCAAAAACAUGGUAGGAAAAAACUACCAGUAAUUUUUUAAUAGUCCCAUUUUGGUAUGAAAAAACUACAAAUGGAAAACCUAGGGUGGAAAAAAACUACAAUAUCAAUUUUUAUUAGAUUUUAAUCCAAAAAAAUAUAAAAAAAAGUAAAAGAAGUUUAAAAAGGUUUAUCCCAACUAUGGGUAAAGCUAUUUAUUAAGAUAAGAUUAUCACUUUCAAUAGAAUUAAUAACAAUAAAAAAUGGCGAAUUAAUAGCUCAAAUCGCUAAGAAAGCCAAAAUCUCUAUAACUGCCAAAUCAGGUGAAGUGCUUAAAGACGAAAUGAUGGAGCUUGCUAUUCAGGAUCCAGAAUUUGGAACUGCUAUAUGCUCUUGGUUUAAAUUAGACUUGCUGCAGCUAGCAUUUCUGAUGUCUGAAUACAAAAAGCAUAAAAAAUAUGAGCAUCCAAUAAAUUUGCGGCACAAUAUGCAAGCAAAUCAUGAAAACAGUGAUCACAAAGAAAAGCAAGAAGAUUCUCAAAACUUAAUAUCAUUUAGUGAACGCUUAAAUAAUGUCAAUCAAGAAAUAGAGAAAUUAUCUAUUGUUAGACAGAUAUCAGAAAAAAAGAAUAUCAUUAUUUAUAAAAUAUAAACCAAUUUUUAUUAGCCUUUAUUCAUUUUAUUUUCAGAAUAUACGUACAGCUAAUUCACAAAUAACAUUUAUACAAAUUAUAGAGAUUAAACUUGAAAGCCCAAACAUAAAUAAUAAUGGGCUUGUAAUUGAAAAAGAGAUAGAUCAAUUACACAUAAUAAGUUCCUUUAACUUUGGAGAUAAGUACAGUUUUACUUCUAUCAAAGCAUUUGAAGGAUUUAUAAAACAAAAAUCUUUGGAAGAUGAUAAAGUCAAAAUAAAAGUGAGAGGCUCUAAUUCAAAAAGAAAAAUCAUUUGGUUUUCUUGCUAUUUUGGAAGCGAGCAUAAAAAUAUUUUAUUUCCCUCUAUAACUCCAAUUGAACAUUGCAAAUUUAAAAUGACCUGGAAAUAUUAUAAAGAAACAACAGAUUUAUUGUAUUUUGAGUGUACAGAUAUUAAUAAAGUUCACAAUCAUGGACAAAUUACCACAAAUGAUGAGCAGAACUUGCUAGAAUGCGAAUUGAUACCAGAUAGUAUCAGAAAUGAAGCUAUAAAUUACUAUAUAGAAGGAUUCACUGUUAAGCAAUUGCAGAUGAUGAUAAAUUCUACUCAUAAAAACUAAUAUUUCAAAGGCAAAGCUUAAAAAUUUAUUAUUGGAGCAAUAUGAAUAAUGUGCAUUUAUAUUUAGCGUAAACAUUAAAUUUCUAUAAGAAUGAGUAGCAAGAUCUAUUUUAAAUAAAUUUAUCUAAAAGUAUGAAGUAUAGAAUAUUAUAGAAAGAUAAAUAUUUCAGAUAUGACUUUUGAGUCAUUGCUAGACAAUGAGCAUUAUAUGAAAGAUUCAAUAAUAGAAUACAGUGGAAAAAAUGAAAAGAUUUUUUAUUUACAGAUUCUAAACAGAUUGCUAUGUGAAAUCAACUAAAGGAUGUAAUAUGCAUUGAUAGCACUUAUAAAGUGCAUAAUAACUUCAGAUGCGCAAUUUUUAUUCUAACAGUUGAUUCGAAUGGGUCCAAAUUGGCUUUGGGUAUGGGAUUAUGCAAAAAUGAGACUGCAAAAGACUAUGAAUGAAUAUUUUCACAAUUUUUAAAUCAUUUUAAUUGCCCGAAAGUAGUAUCUUGAUUAAUAAUUUUCUAAUAUGAUCUCUUCUCUCAUAAACUAUUUCCAAUCUAACUGAAAUGAUAAGAUUAGUUAUCAGAUUAAUUUAAAUAUAGCAGGUGAAAGUAUAAUGCAAAACUCUCAAUUUUAUAUUAUUUGUAGAUAGAAAUCAAGCCCAAUAUAAAGCUCUUUGCAAAGUCUUUAGACCAGCAAAGAUAAUCUUUUGCAUUUGACAUAUUGAGAGAAAUAUUAUACUCAUGACAACUGUUUCCUUACUUAAUUUUUUAUCAUGUAUUAAUAUGGAUAUAUGCUUAUUAGUCCAAUUUAAAUACUAAAAGUUUGUAAGUAAUUUAAUUCAUAUAGACAUCACUUGGGAAGAAUUCAGUGAAUACUGGUGGUCCCUUUAUUAUUCUAAAGAUGCUAAAAAAAUUUUAAAAACACUGAAAUGCUCUGCUGAAUAAAUUCCCAAGAUUAAAAGAAUGUUCUGGAUUUAUUAAACUUGAAACAUUAAAAUCACAGUGGGCUAAAUAUGCUUGUCUUAAAUACCCAACUAUGGGUAUAAAAACGACCUCCAGAAGCGAGAGUUUAAAUUCCCAAGUUAAAAGAUCAAUAAGAAUAUUAAAAAGAAAUAAGAACUGCCGCAUUCUGACUGUUUUUGAUAAUAUUAUUAAGAGCGAAAACGACAAUUUCGAAAAAAAAGUUUGUAUUCAAAAAGAAAAAUUAUAUGGCCCUUAUAAAGGAAAUUUAGCUGUAAGCUGAAACAAUGUCUUUACAAGAUAUAGCUAUAAUCUUUUUCAAAAAUCCUUAGAAAAAAUAGAGCAAUGUUCAAUUAAUAAAGUUGAAGAUGGUAAUAUCUAUUAUUGCAUAAAUAGCAGCUUUAAUUUAAUUUUAGAUAAGAAGGGGAGAAAGGUAAAUUUAUAAUAAACGUAUUUACAAUCCUACAUUCAUACUUAUAUUUAUAUACAAUAAUAUAACUUAUAUUUUAUAUUAGAAAUAUUCAGAGAUGAUACCAAAGUUUUUCAAGUUGAUCGCAGGAAAGCUUCUUGUACAUGUUAUAAAAUGUUGCGGUAUGGUGUUGCUUGUAGCCACAUAUUAUUUGUAUGUGAUGUAUCAGGUGAUAACUGGAUAGACCUCAUUAUUGCAGUUACCUCAAGAAGAUGGCUCUUACCUGAAUGCUCUGAUUGGAGUAAUGGGAAAAUAAAAGAAAAAAUGGUUAAUUCAGGCCUGAAACGGACUGCUAAUGAUUCUCAAACAAAUGGCAUUAAGUUACGGAAAGCAAAUAAUUAGUAUUAGAAAUAAUUCUAUUGAAAGUGAUAAUCUUAUCUUAAUAAAUAGCUUUACCCAUAGUUGGGAUAAACCUUUUUAAACUUCUUUUACUUUUUUUAUAUUUUUUUGGAUUAAAAUCUAAUAAAAAUUGAUAUUGUAGUUUUUUCCACCCUAGGUUUUCCAUUUGUAGUUUUUUCAUACCAAAAUGGGACUAUUAAAAAAUUACUGGUAGUUUUUUCCUACCAUGUUUUUGAGUUGCUGUUUUUUCCUCCAUUUUGUGUAGCUUUUUGUGUUAGCUAUUUUUUAAUUAUAAAUUUAAGGGUGUUGAUCUUGAAUUUAUGGUAAUAGAUAGCUUGCUAUGAUAGCAAUUCAUGCCUUUAUUAUUGUCAAUUCUCUCUUGUUCAAUCAUUAUUAAUAUUAUACUUUUAUUAAUUUUUUGUUAGUAGUUUUUUCAUACUGUUUUGCAAAAAAAAUUAUAAAUAUUAUAGUGUAGUAUAAUUCCUGUGUUCAUUUAUGAGUGUCUUUAACAGAUUUGAUAUAUAACAAUGAAUAUAAUAUAUAUACAAUAUAAUGUUGUCAUCUUUCUUCUUUUAAUAUUAAUUGUCCCUGGAAGACAAAAACAUUCACUAGUAGUUUUUUCCUCCUGUUUGACCAAAAUUUUGCACUAUGUAGUUUUUUACACCCUAGGUUUUUUUUCUCAUAGUAGUUUUUGUAGUUUUUGAUUGCUGUUUUUUUUCCUCAAAAAAUUUUAUGUUAAAAAAAACCGUUAUUUCCCUUCAAAAAAAAAAAGGAGUAAAAAACUACAAUGUAGUUUUUUCCGCCUCACCCCAGAAAAAGGGACCUACGACGGCAUAAAAUUAAGCGACAUAAUUGGAAAAGAACUGAGAAGCAUCAAUAAAAACCUCAGUGAGCUAAAAUCCAAAUGGCAGAUGACAGAAGCAGAAAAGCUUCGAAUUAAAGAAGAAAUUAACGAAUACCAAGAAAGGCUUAUUACAAGCAGAUGCACAUUGGCUGCCUUAAGAUGCCAAAUCAGCACUGGCGUACAGUCUAUGGAAAAAGCUGAAAAAAAUACCAAUUUUAUUAUAGAACAGGUAGCUGAGUACCAGAGGCUUAAAGAGAUUAAAGACUCUGAAAGAAACCUGCUUGGGCAGCUUCUCAGUAACGAAAGGACCAGAAAUGCGUCACUUGAUAACAAAUCCAAUGAACUUUUACACUGGUAUUCUCUAUUAGAAAUGCAAAGCGACAUUAUGGGAGAAAGGCUUAAAGGUCUUUAUGAAGCCAGCCUCAGCUUAAACGGCCCAGUCAAUAGUCGAGACGCGAUUCAUGAUGAAAAUGACAUUUUAAAGCAAAAAUCUGUCGAGUUAUGCCUAUACACCAUUGAAAACGAAGACAUCGCUGAAAUCACGCUUACCAAGUAUAUAGAAUAUAUCACACAAAAUCACGUUUUUUCUAUGAAAAGAACUGACUACCGCGAAGAGGUCAAAAGCCUCAAAAACCACAUAAAAGAUGUCCUCCACCAAAAAUCCAAACAAAUUUCCCAAGCCAAAGAUGAGCGGGAUUUCCUCGAAAGCAAAUACCAAGAUUUAGAAAAAAAAUACGACGAACUCAAUGAAGGAUACGCCAAACUCCGCCAACAAGCCCGAGAAAUAAACUCUAAAAGAAAAUUAAACGGCCUAGAUGAAGAAAAACUGUGCAAGUUUUGUAAUAAAAAUUACUAUGAAAGGGACAAUUUUAACUGGUCCUGCUGCUUACACCCUGGAAAAUGGAACGGUACUAUGUAUUGGUGCUGUGGAAAAUCAAAAGAAGACGCCCCUGGCUGCGUCAGGUCGAAGCACGAAAUGAAAGACGAAAGCGAAGAAGAAGUAAAUCCUGAAGAAAAAGACCAAAAAAGCAGCAAAAAGAAAUGCCCAAGCUGCCGACAAAUUGGGCACUCCGCCUUUCAAUGCCCAAAAGACCCAAAUGCUAGAAGUCACGCUGACGCAAAUGAAGAAAUUGAGAGGAUUCGGCAGUUUAAAAAGACGAGGACGAAAUUGGGGAAUACCAGCUUAGAAGUAAGCACAAAAUUAAUUAGCAUGCUCAACCCAAGGCUGGGAGAUAAGACAGAUUCAAUUGAGGUGGAUAAUAAGACGGAGUUUAUUAGUGAUUUUGAAGAUAUUGAAAGAAUUAGAGAUGUGGCGGUCGUUAAGAAUAAUGUAGAUAUCACUGCGAUUGCGAGGGCAAGCUUGAAUUCGUACUCGAGAAGGUCUCAGAGGAGGAAGUCUACUGUGAUGAAGUCAAGAGAUGGAGCGCCUAUUGAUGAGUCUAUUAGUGAACUGUACUCAACUGCCAGAAAUCAGAUCAUUUCGUAA